GUCCGGAGGGAGAGAGGAAGGCAGCUGCGGCGUCGCCCCUUCUUCCUCGCGCGGCCGUUUCGCUUUCGUUUCCCGCGAGGCUCCAGCUGCGGACUUCGGUGCCUCCGCCCUCCUGGCCUCCCUCACUCCUCCCGGGCAGAGUCUUGUGUUUUUCCGAUGGCGGCGGCGGCGGCGGCGGCCGCCGUGGCGGUGCUCGGGGUCCCGUCGGACGUGGCCGAUGAGCUGCUGGUGUUUUACUUCGAGAACCGCCGGCGCUCGGGCGGCGGGCCGGUGCAGAGCUGGCGGCGGAGGGGCGGCGGCUGCGCUACUCUAACUUUCGAGCGCGCCGAAGAUGCCCAGAGGGUCCUCUCCAAAACUGAUCAUGCCCUGCAAGGGGUGCCGCUGACGGUCCAGCCUGCUGCUCCUCGGGAUUAUGGGAAGCUGGUCCUCCAGGGCCUGAACCCCCAAAGCAGCCUGGAGCUGGUGGAACUGUACGUGGAGCACAUGCUGGAUUGCGAGAGGGAUGCUUACUCCGUCUACCGCAGCCAUGCCGGGGACCAGGCGCUGGUGCAGCUGCAGGCGGCGCUCAGCCACGCAGAGUUCUUGGUGCUGGCGGACCAUGUGCAAAGCCGGGUACUGGACGGGGCCAGCCUGGUGCUGGACUGGGUGGAGCAGACAGACAGCAUCCUGGUUCAGAGUCACCACGGCAACCAGCUGCAGCCAGAGGUGCUGACCCUCUACUUUGAGAGCAGGCGGAGUGGCGGGGGCCGCCUGCAGGCAGUGCGGCUUCUCCUGGGAGGCACGAUGGCCGUGGUAUCCUUUCAGGAUCGCACAGUGGUGGAUCGGGUACUGAAGCAGCCCCAUCAGCUCCCGGAUGGUCGUCUGAAGGUCUCCCCUCACUACGACUUCCUGGAGCCCCCAGAGGCAGCAUCAGAGCUGCAGGCAGGAGGAGCUGAGCCGGCCCCAUGCACCACCCUUCCUAUCCCGGAAGCAGCAACAAGGCGCCUGCUGCAGUCCAAGAGCGUCCUGCAGGAGCUGGGGGCCUCUGCUCCCGAAUGCGUGCUUCACUGCGGAGAGGUUGGGCUGCACAUCUCAGGCGGGGAUCCGGUUCAUCGGCAGCAGCUGCGGGAAUACAUCCAGGCAGCCUUGCAUGCAGUGGUGCAGGAGCGGUUGCCCUCCUCAACCUGGGUGCGUGAGUUCUUGCAGUGGGCAAAUGUGCAGGAGCACCUGGCGGAACAGCUUGCUGAGCGCGGGGUGGGCGCCUGCUACAUUCCCACCGCAGAGGAGGUGUUAGUUGUGGCCUUGAGGCCUUCUGUGGCUCAGCUGGCCGCUUCCCUCCUGGACUCCUUUCUCAGGUCCAUCUCCCUGCCGUUGUCCGAGAGGCAGUUGCUGGCCUUGACAUCCCCUCGCUGGGCCCAGGUGCAGGCGGGACUGCGCUGCUGCCUCGUGCAGCUGGCUGAAGAUGGGGAGCACCUGGAGGGCCUCACCCUGCCUGGCCUGGAAGAGGAGAACAUGGCUGAGCUGAAGCGAGGCCUGCAGGACUGCCUGCCGGAUGAGAUGCUGGUGACCACGGAGCCUGGCCGUCUUCAUUACCUUCAGCUCCAUUGCCAAGAAAUGCUGGCUGGCUUGACUGAUGUCACACUGCUGCCCCUGGAAGGAUCCGAGGUCACUGGCUUGCGGCUGAACGGUGAAUCUUGGGCGUGCCGAGCCGCGACUGACCUCCUUCAGAGUCUGCUGCAUGCCAUCUGCGUCCGGACUGUAGCGUUGCAUCUUCCUGGUGUGAGCCGCUUCUUGUUGGAGGAGCGUGGCCAGACCAUCCUGCAGGGCCUGGAGAGGAGCUUCCGCUGUGCCUUUGGGCUGGAGCACGUCCAGUGGCAUUCCCCAGAGACCCAACAUGAAUGGGAGACCUCACAGGAGCCAAUUGCUGUCCUAUACCAGCGAGAUUCCCUGCGUGGCCUCAAACAGCAGCCAAAGAGCCCAGUCGGGGUGACCAACCGGCAAAGCGAAGCUAACCUGGAAGAGAUCAAGGGCCUUCUGGCUGCCCUCCAGCCUCCCGGCGUGGCUCUUCCCGCAGCAGGGGAACAGGAGGAGACAGACACAGCCCUGGAGCCUUUGGCAGAGGCUCCCCCUGCCUUCGAGCAGCAGACCAGCUUGGCUGACCUAGACGCAAUAGAAGAAGGGCCCUUGCCUGUCCCAGGCCCCAUUCCGAGCAUGGCAGUGGAGGAGGACGAGGACGCGCAGCUGCUCCUGGCCAUCCAGCAGUCCAUGGACAGUGCUCGGCAGGAGAUGGAGGAGAUGGAGCUUGCCACUGAGCUCUCUCUGCGCUCCUUCAAGCAGGAGCAGCCCUCCAGUUCAGAUGCCGACAUCCUGUCUGUCAUGAGGGCCUCUCUGGAGACCGCGGGUGCAACCCGUUUGGAGGUCUACACCGCCUUGGAGGAGGAGGCAGAGGCUGUGGUGCAGGAGCUGGAGUGUGCCCUGCGUGUGCAGCUGCGGGAGGAAAAGGUGCAGAAUGAGGCCCUCCUGUCCCUGCCCGCUCUCUGCCUGGACUACCUGACCUACCUGGAGAGGAAGCAUGCAGUGAGCAUCACGCUCGCUGGCUCCGUGGCCACUGUGUCGGGCUUCCUGGACUACCCUGUGGCCGCCACCCGAGACCUCGCCCUGCUGCUGGCCCGGCUGCUGCACACGGAGGUGGCCGUGGGUUAUGGGGAUGCCCGCUGGGUCCGCUGGGAGCCCUCGGAGCAGGGCUUUCCCACCCCCUAUUCGGCCCAGGCCAGCACCUUGCUGGAGCAAGCAUGGUGCCGCGGCCACAAGCGCAUGGAGAUGUUCUUCGAUGGGCGGCCUUUUGCUGUGGACUUUGAGCGGAUGGAGGAGUAUGAUGUUGGCAACAGCCGCACUCUGCCCAUUGGCCGCACAGAACUCCAGCUGCCACUUGCUUCCACAGCUCUGCUAGACCCCACAGCUGAGGGCGAAGUAAAGCUGCUUCCACUGACUGAGGACUCGGAGGAGUUUCAGAGGACCGUCCAACACUUCUACGACACUCUGGAUGGGCUUCACCGCAAGAUCUGGAUUGUCAAGCUAGAGAAGGUGAUGCACCCACUGCUUUACCAGCAAUACCAGCUGAAGAAGGCUGCCAUGGAGAAGGCCUGUGGGGAUCGGGCAGUGGAGCGGAUCCUGUACCACGGUACAACAGAGCAGUCCAGCCAUGAGAUCUGGCAGCACGGAUUCAACCGCAGCUUUUCUGGCAAGAAUGCCACACUCUAUGGCCACGGCGUCUACUUUGCGGUCAAGGCAUUUCUCUCGGCGCAGGAUCGGUAUUCCCCUUGCAGCCCUGAUGGCAACAAAUACAUCUUUGUGACCCGGACGCUGGUCGGGGACUACACAGUGGGCAACGCCAGCAUGCGAGCCCCGCCUCUACGGGAAGGAGAUGCCGCCCUCCGGCGGUACGACAGCACGGUGGACAACCUGAGCGAGCCUUCCAUGUUUGUCAUCUUCAACGACACCCAGGCGUACCCCGAAUACCUCAUCACCUGUCGGUGGGUGGAGUCAAAGAGGAGGCCUCCUCAGACUGCCCGCUUGUCGCCCUGGUGAAGGGCAGCCGGUUUUCCGCAGGGGAGUUCUUGAGCUAGCGGGAUUGCUCGGCGGGCAAGGGCAGAGCUAGGGAGGACAAUGUGGCUCUGCAGUGGGAACGGUUCACAGGGGGCAAAGCCGGGCGGUGCCCACCACAGACUACCAGAAGCCCCCACCUCCCCCCUCUUCCUGGAUGGUGGGCCGUGGGGCAGCGUUUGGAGGGCUCCCUCACUGAGGUCCUCCAGGCAGCCCCCAGGGGAUGAUUGUGUCACCUAAGUAACACACAGGCCUCCUGCUCUUCAGGCGCUUCCCCCCCUUUUUUAAAAUAACUGGUUGUUUUCUUUAAAGCUACAGAUGGGAAUAAAAAUAAACAUAGAACUUGAUUAAAGAAAAUCAGCUAUAAAAUACGAAACACAAAAAGGGCAGGAGAAAAGAAAGAAAAUAUUCUAUUUUCUUUUUUACAACCCGUCGAUGUGCAAAUUAGUAUAUUCAGUUUUUCAACAAGAAAUUGAACUUUGACCAGCCAGAAUCAAAGUUUUUAAUUUUUGUCAAAAAAAGAACCAAUUUAAGGACAGAGUUGCCAGAUUUAAUCUAACCAAUCCUUAAAAUCUAAUGCAGGCCCUUCCGUCGUUGCAUUCUUGACUCUUUGGUAACAGUCUGAGCAGAAUACAUCCAGAGCCUGUAAGCAAUGUAAAGUCCAACUGCUGAGAUAAAAUCGAACAAUUGUUCAAUUCUCCCUCAAA